CCGAAUCUCCACUGAGAUGGUGCUUCUUCAAAACUCCAAUCUCAAGGCGGUGGGAGCAGAUCGCUUGAGUCAUCUGAAGGUUCAUAACUUUACCGAAUCUUUCACAGCUCAUCUGCCAAUGAGUUGGGUGCCUGCCUGCACUUGUCAGGAACUGUGAAGCUCGUGUACAGCCUCUUUAUAUGUGCGCACUGCUGGUGCCAGACGCGCGUUUCCAGCCCGCGCUGGUGAUGCGAUGCCCCGCAACCAAAGCGGAGAUGAGGGCGGUACUGGUCUCUGGAUGAAAACCUCACAGCACUAUGGGAUGAAAGAUGUUGAAACCGGUCGUGGGACCAUGAACAGCGCGACCAGGACAGUCGACAGCCUGCUGACUGCGCCGGGCACAACAGGUGCAGGAGGCUCGGAGAACCAGAGGAAAAAGCAGGGCGCCCGUCUUAGCCUGCUGGGGAAACCGCUCGCCUACAGCGCGCAGAGCGGCCGGAGAAACGCGCGCUACAGGAAGCUCCAGAAUUACCUCUACAAUGUCCUGGAACGACCGCGAGCCUGGGCAUUUGUUUACCACGCCUUUGUGUUCACCUUGGUGUUUGGCUGUCUGGUUCUCUCUGUGUUCUCCACCAUCCCUGCUCAUAUGGACCUCUCCAAUCACUGUCUCCUCAUACUGGAGUUUGUGAUGAUUGUUGUUUUCGGUCUGGAGUACAUCAUUCGCAUCUGGUCGGCCGGAUGCUGCUGUCGCUACAGAGGAUGGCAAGGACGACUGCGCUUCGCUAGAAAACCAUUCUGUGUCAUUGACAUUAUUGUGCUCAUUGCAUCCAUCGCAGUGGUUUCAGCUGGUAGUCAGGGCAAUAUUUUUGCCACAUCUGCACUUCGCAGUCUGCGUUUUUUGCAGAUCCUGCGCAUGGUGCGUAUGGACAGGCGAGGUGGCACCUGGAAACUGCUUGGAUCUGUAGUCUACGCUCACAGCAAGGAGCUUGUGACCGCUUGGUACAUUGGCUUCUUGGUGCUGAUCUUUUCUUCAUUCUUGGUCUACUUGGUGGAGAAAGAAUUUAACAAACAGUUCGCCACCUACGCUGAUGCUCUUUGGUGGGGUACGAUCACGCUCACCACCAUUGGAUAUGGAGAUAAAACUCCACAGACCUGGACCGGGCGGCUUCUGUCUGCAGGGUUUGCUUUGCUGGGCAUCUCGUUCUUUGCUCUGCCUGCUGGUAUUCUUGGCUCUGGCUUUGCUCUGAAGGUCCAAGAGCAGCACAGACAGAAGCACUUUGAAAAGAGGAGAAACCCAGCAGCCAGCCUUAUACAGUGUGUGUGGCGUAGCUAUGCGGCUGAUGAAAACUCGGUUUCCAUUGCUACCUGGAAGCCUCAUUUGAAGGCGUUGCAUACCUGCAGCCCUACAAAGAAAGACCAGGGGGAAUCCAUGAGCAGCCAAAAGUUAAGUUUUCGGGAACGUGUGCGCAUGGCCAGUCCUCGUGGUCAGAGUGUAAAGAGCAGGCAGAUGUCUGUGAAUGACCGACGCUCUCCUGCCACAGAGGUGGGGGUGGAGGGCAGCAGCCCUGCCAAGGUCCAGAAGAGCUGGAGCUUCAAUGACCGCACACGCUUCCGGCCAUCCCUGAGGCUCAAGAGCCAAUCGCGCACAACAGCUGAAGCUGACACAAAUCUUGGACCGGAUGAUGCUUUUGAUGAGAAGGGUUGCCAUUGUGAUGUGACUGUGGAAGAUCUCUCUGCCCCACUAAAAGCAGUUAUCAGGGCCAUCAGGAUAAUGAAAUUCCACGUGGCUAAGAAGAAGUUUAAGGAGACUCUGCGACCAUAUGAUGUGAAAGAUGUGAUUGAGCAAUACUCUGCUGGCCACCUGGAUAUGUUAUGCCGUAUCAAGAGUCUCCAGACUAGGUUGGACACCAUUGUGGGUCCACAGACCCUGAGCAGCAAAACCAAGACCUUUUCUUCUCCUUCCCUGCACUUAUAUUACAGCCAGACCAAGAGGAAACACUCUGCCCCAGGACUCGCAACAGCUGUGGGUCCACAUCGGACACUCAGCACCAAAGCCAGGAACCUUUCCUCUCCCUCUCUACACAUGUAUUACAGCCAAAGCAAGAAGAAGCACACUGGAGUGGAUCAGAUACUGGGAAAGGGCCAGAUUUCAGUAGACAGGAAAGGCAGGGAGAAAAUCCUCCCCGAAGGAGAGUCCUUGGAGCAUGACAUGAGCAUGCUUGGCCGUGUCUGUAAAGUAGAGAGACAAGUACAGUCCAUUGAGUCAAAGCUGGACUCAUUGCUGGAUAUUUACCGGCAAGUGUUGCAGAAAGGCUCCUCUUCGAUGCUUGGUCUGUCUGCUUUGCCCUUGUUCGAGCUGGAUCAAACCUCCGACUACCAAAGUUCCAUCCAUAGCAAGGAUUUGUCAUCCUCCUCCCAGCUUACUGGCAGUGGCAUGUCUCGUUCCGGCAGCAGUAACCUGCACCGUGGUCUUCAUCUUGCUCUGGCCCCCAGUGAACUCAGCUUGGGUACUGGUUACCCACAUUCCGCCUCCUCCUUUUCACCUUCUCCUCUCCUUAAUAACCAACCCUCCAGCCCAGACAGUUUCUACCCAGCGUCCCCACCUCCCAUUCUCACCCCCAACAACCUUUCCAGAAGUCACCAGCGGUUCAGUGAGCUGACCAGGCCGGUUCCAACAGUCCAUUCAGCCUCAUCGACCCUUCAGCUCCCGCCUAUGGUGCCAACGCUUCAAAGUCUUAUCCCAGAGACACUGCUGGAGAGCAGGGCCGAGUGUCCGAGCAGUUGCCUGUUGAGUACCCAAACCGAGGCUGAGUCAGACAAGGAAGCCGAGAGUAUUCAAAGCAUGGUACAGCUACGGGACAAGCCCGAACGUAAUCCCAAGGAAGAUGGGUCAUGGAGAAGACACUUGAGUCUUGACAUUGAUCCUCUGAUGCUCAUGUCUUCCACAACAGCUGCCUCGCUUCAGGUCGAGCGUGGGCUCGGUAAGUCUCUUUCCGCUCAGAACCUCAUGCUACCAACUGCUGCAGACUGCCAUCCCAGCCUGUCCACUCGGAGCAGCGGCAGCAGCAACAAUGAGUCCAGCGACCACGAGCCACUGGCCAACUGGGGCGAUACAGAGCUGUUCAUCAAUGACAAAGAUUUGGAAACCACGGAGGGUGACUGUUACCACCUUCACCAACAAAGCAACGAUACAACGUUCUCUUCUGAGCUGCUACGGACAGGAGCCAGUGGGCCGUCUCCCAGCCAGGCUGGAUCAAUAGAUGUUCUUGAAUCCCAUAACUUGCCUCACGUAUGCCUCGAAUAACCCCCGGGCACAGGAACCUCACUGUGGAGACUGGACACAACUUCAUGUCCCUCAUAUGCUUCUUUUCCAAAAGAAAUUAUGUUUUCUAAUUUUCACCAGAAAAAAAACAUGAUGUUCAUGCAGUACAUUUAUAUUCAUUCUUACAUAUCAAUGCAUGGACAAUUUGUCAGAAAAGGUAAUUUAAAUUAACAAGAAACUGUUGGGGGAAGAAAUCUUUACAAAAAUGUUCUAGGAUCAGUGUAAGUUAAACUCAAUCAACAGAUUUGUGACAUAAUACUGAUUACUUCAACAUUCAUC